AUGCUUCAUCAUUCAAUUUCCAAAACUGUUUUUCAAACAGUAAAGAGGCAAAUUGAACCAAUUGCAAGCAAAGUUAUACUAUCUAAGUCUUAUUCAGCAUCAGCUGCUCCUCCUCCACCACCACCUCAACCACCACAUCAUGAACAAUCACAUUUGCAUACACCACCACCACCUCCUCCACCUCCACCAAAAGCUAAUCCAGACUUAGAUACAACACAUUUUGGUUAUAAAACAGUAAAUAAAUCAGAAAAAGAAAACCUCGUAGGAGGAGUAUUUUCAUCAGUUGCUUCAAAUUAUGAUGUUAUGAAUGAUGUUAUGUCAAUGGGAGUACAUAGAUUAUGGAAACAACAUUUUAUAAAUAGAUUAGAUGCAGGUAUGAGACCUAGUUCUACUGAACCUUUAGAAUUUUUAGAUGUUGCUGGAGGAACAGGAGAUAUUGCAUUUGGAUUAUUAGAUCAUGCGGAACAAAAAUUUGGAGAUAUUCAAAGUAAAAUGACUAUAGCUGAUAUAAAUCCUGAUAUGUUAAGAGAAGGUGAAAAAAGAUAUAAACAAACUAAAUGGAGUAAAGAAAAUCCUUCAAGAGUUGAAUUUUUAGUUCAAAAUGGUGAAAUUAUGGAUAAAAUUCCAGAUAAUUCAAAAGAUAUAUAUACUAUUGCUUUUGGAAUUAGAAAUUUUACAAAUAUUCAAGAAGGUUUAAAUACAGCUUAUAGAGUUUUAAAACCAGGUGGUAUAUUUGCAUGUUUAGAAUUUUCAAAAGUUGAAAAUCCAAUAUUAGAUUAUGGUUAUCAAUUAUAUCUGUUUAGUUUAUUACCUUUAAUGGGUCAAUUAAUUGCUAAUGAUAGAGAAUCUUAUCAAUAUUUAGUUGAAAGUAUUCAAAAUUUUCCAAAUCAAGAAAAUUUUAAAAAUAUGAUUGAAAAAGCUGGAUUUUAUGUUCCUGAACCUGGUUAUGAAAAUUUAACAUUUGGUGUAGCUAGUAUUCAUAUUGGUAUAAAGCUUUAG